AUGGGACGAUUCCGCUACGCUGAGGUGACUCUGUCCCGAAAUAUAAUGAAGCUCGAGUACUUUUGCCUGCUACUCUCUUCAGUGUAUAUAGGAGGUGGGCAUUCGUCGUUCUUUCUCUGCGUCCAGAACAAGUUCAUCUCUGAAAAUGUUACAGUUAUGCCUCCUCGGAUGUCAAAGGCUCGGUGCUCGGUUUACAUCGGAAAAUUCUCUGCAGUCGGAUUCGAUUUCCAAGAUGGGGAGUGCGUCCUGAGGGGUCUUGGAGAAGGGGCAACCAACGCCGACGUUCGCUGCAGUCAACAGUGGGAACUGACAGCUCUACAAGAGGUCGCCAAGAACAAGUUGACGAAUGCUUCUGCCCAAUACAUGACGAACACCACGAAGGAGAGCGCAGUGGAUGACAACACCUCCACGAGAUACAAGUCCCAAAUGAACCUGACCAAUCCUUGGUGGAUGCUGGAUCUGGGAUCCGAGUGGAAUGUCUACCGGAUCGUGAUCCAGCCAGUCAACGCGUCUACGGCCGCCAAAUUCCAUGACGUUGAGAUUCGAUGCAGUUCCGUCCCCAAGGUGAACGAUUCUUUCAGUACAUGGAAACUCCUGUCUACUUACAAAGGACCUUACACAGCCAACCAGGGACUUCUGACUCUCUACGUCAGUGGAGGAGUGAUUACAAGCUACAACAACAACAAGUACAACCACGACUACAACAAGACCAAGUACAACCACGACUACAACAACACCAAGUACUACAACCACUACUACAAAACCAACUACAACAUCUCUGAACACAACCACGACAUCAACAACACCAAGUACUACAACCACUACUACAAAACCAACUACAACAGCUCUGAACACAACCACAUCAACAGCAACAACCGCAACUACAACAGCUCUGAACACAACCACAUCAACAGCAACAACUGCAACUACAACAGCUCUGAACACAACCACAUCCACAGCAACAACCGCAACUACAACAGCUCUGAACACAACCACAUCAACAGCAACAACUGCAACUACAACACCUCUGAACACAACCACGACAUCAACCUCAAGUACAACCUCGAGUACCACAACUACAACCACACCGAGUACAACCACAUCUACCACUACAACAACACCAAGUACAACUACAACAACACCGAGUACAACCACAUCUACCACUACAACAACACCAAGUACAACUACAACAACACCAAGUACAACCACAUCUACCACCACAACAACACCAAGUACUACCACAACUACAACACCAAGUACAACCACAUCUAUCACUACAACAACACCAAGUACAACCACAUCUACCACUACAACAACACCAAGUACUACCACAACUACAACACCAAGUACGACCACAUCUACCACUACAACAACACCAAGUACAACCACAACUACAACCACGCCCAGCACAACCACAUCAACUGCAACUACUACAACAACACCAACUACAACCACAACUACAACCACACCCAGUACGACCACAUCAACUACUACUACUACAACAACACCAACUACAACAACAACUACACCCACAACCACAACAACAACGCCAACUACAACCACGACUUCAACAACACCAACUACAACUACAACUACACCCACAACCACAACAACAACGCCAACUACAACCACGACUUCAACAACACCAACUACAACUACAACUACACCCACAACCACAACAACAACGCCAACUACAACCACGACUUCAACAACACCAAGUACAACUACGAGUACAACGACAAAGGGGGCAAUGGGACUCCCAGCAAGGAAGUCCUCCUCGGGGCAGCUUUCCCAGGAGGGAGGCAAAGCUCCAGCUAUGCCGGAGAGCAUCCCCUGAGAGCCCAGAAAAAGCCCAGAGCUCAACUGCAGAGAGGUCCUCGUCUAGGGCACUCUUCCCACGAAGAAGGCAGGGGUCCUGUCAGGCCGGGAAGCAUCCCUGGUGAAGGGCCUCACAAUACGGGUUUGAGCCAAGGCUUUUUAGAUAUGGCAUCCUUUAUGAGGAUCUGCAGUGCCUUGCCCUGGUAG